AUGCAAGAAAACUCAUAGAUUUAAAAUGAUGUCGUUGACAUUUAGUAGCUCAAUAGUAAAAUUAACAAAUAUGAGCGUGAUAUAAUAAAGCUUAAGGAGAAAAAUUAAGAAUUAAAGACAAGUGUUAGCGAUGUUAGUGAAAAGUAUAAAUCAGAAAAAAAUAAAAAUGACGAGUACGAGUUAGAAAAGAAACAUUUUGCAUUUUUAUUAUAGUAAAAAGAUGAAGAACUCAAUAGAUUAUAAGAACAUAGCAAAACAUAAUAACUUGAAUUACAAUAUUUUGAGAACAUAUUGUAUUAGCAUGCUGAGACUUAGUAGCAAGAGAAGCAAAUAGUAGAAAAACAAAUAUAGCAUUAUAAAUAAAUAUAUAAGAAGUAUGUUGACUUAGAAAUAUAGAUUGAAAAUGUUAAUAAAGAAAAUUUGCUGCUAAAAAGUGAUUUAAAAUUGGCUGAGUCUAAAUUCCUAAACUAGAAAUAAUAAUGUUAAGAUAUAUAGCAAAUAUAUAAUAACCGUUUGAUAGAGUUUUAACAACAAUUUGAAAGUAUGAACUCAACUAUAUCUAUUCUUUAGAGACAAGUGGAUGAAAAUAAGUAUUUUAAGGAUUUUAUGCAAUCUUAAAUAUAACUCAAUUAAGAUAUUGAAGCUAAUAUAGAGGAGUCUUCAAUAGCAUACAAAAAUAUUAAUAGUCAUGAUGAUUUUAAUGAAAAUGUAAAUAGCAGACUUUCCUCUUAAAAAAUGAUUCCUGAGUAUGACCAAAAUUAAAUAAAUAAUUUACUUGAAGAAAAUAUGCUCCUCUCUUAACAGCUUUCUGACUAUGAAACAAAAAUCACUCCUAAAAUAUUGUAAAAAGAAUAGGAAUUAAAAGUUUUGUAAGAGUAGCUUAAAGAUUUGUAGAAAUAUAAUUAGCAAUUGAAUAAGGAAAAUGAUUUAAACAAAAAAGAAUUACAAGAAAUAAAACAAAAGUAAAUGGCAUAAAUGGAAAAGGAAGAACUUUAAAAUAUGCCUGCCUCUCAGUUUACUGAAAAAGAUAUUUAAUAACUGCAAAAGGCUUACAUAGAAGAAAAAGAGAAAAGAAUAAGCUAUUAAUAAACUCUCAAGGAAAUUUAAGAGGAAAUGAAGCGUAAAAACCCAAUAAUUAGAAAAUAAAAUGAAAAAUGGCUUAAAUUGAAUCAGGAAUUCUUAAGAUUUGAGUAGGAAUAUGGAGAAAUGUAAAAAUUGUUAGCCUAAAAAAAUAAAAAUGUAGAUAGCUUAUAAGAUGAACUAGAAAGAUCGUUAAACGAAAAUGUGUAAUUGUAAUCGUAGAUAAGCUUUUUAAAAGAAGAAAUUUAGCGUCUAGCAGUAUAAAUAAACCACCUUCUAAAAAUAAAUUCUAAGUUCAAAUAAAAUAUCAGUGCUAAAUUUGGUAAGAAUUAAUUGGAAGAAAUAAUGUAGCAAAUAAAGAAAGAAAAGAACCAACAAUUCGGCAUUAAAGAUAUAGAUGAAAUAUAUUAAACUAACUACUAAUCAAUAUACAGUGAUAUCUAAGAAGUAAUAGAGAUGAAUAUGGCGCUCUCUAAAAAGCUUAGAGAAAGAAGUUGA